CCCGGCGCGCCGCUGCCCGCGCUUCUGCUCAAGAUCGCCGCCAUGGGCUCCAUCAUCGUGCUGGCCGUGCUCGGCAACCUGCUGGUGAUCGUCAGCGUGCUGCUGCACCGGCGCAUCCGCGUCGUCGCCAACUACUUCGUGGUGUCGCUGGCGCUCGCCGACAUGCUGGUGGCGCUGUGCGCCAUGACCUUCAACGCCAGCAUCCAGAUCACGGGCCAGUGGCUAUUCGGGCCUUUCAUGUGCGAUGCCUGGAACUCCUUCGACGUCUUCUUCAGCACCGUGUCCAUCCUGCACCUGUGCUGCAUCAGCGUGGACCGCUACUGCGCCAUCAUGCUGCCGCUUGAGUACCGGUCGCGCAUGAACCGACGUACCGUGGCCUCGAUGCUGGCCGUGUCGUGGACAGCGCCUGCGCUCAUCUCCUUCGUGCCCAUCUUCCUCGGCUGGUACACCAACCAGGAGCACCUGGCGUUCCGGGCGCGUAAUCCGGACACCUGUCAGUUCAUCGUCAACCGCGCAUACAUGCUCGUCUCGUCGAGCAUCUCGUUCUGGAUCCCGGGCGUAGUCAUGGUGUGCAUGUACAGCCGCAUAUACCGAGAGGCGAGGCGGCAGCACCACGCCAUUCGGGGCGCGGCGCCCGGCGCAAUCGGCGGCGUCAACCUAGCCGACAUGUCCGACCAGCAGCUCUCGCUGGCGCUCACGGCGCUGCACAACAUCCGCGAGGAGCCGGAGGAGGAAGCGCCCGCCGCCCGGGCGCAGGAGGUCGCGGCCAAGGCGCCGCCGGGCGGCGCGGAGUCGCCACCGCGGCGCGCGCCGCCCCUCUGCAAGAAGGCGUCGUCGAUGUCGUUCGGGGAGCGCCCUGGCGCCGACCUCCCGCGCAAGGCGUCCACUAACUCGCGGCUGGGGCGGCUGCGCUUCUCCACCAACCAGAUGCUGCGCGAGCACAAGGCGGCCAAGACGCUCGGCGUCAUCAUGGGGUGUUUCGUGCUCUGCUGGCUGCCGUUCUUCUCGUGGUACGGCAUCAGCACACUGUGCGGCCCCGCGUGUCACGUGCCGCCAGUACUGGUCGACAUCCUCUUCUGGAUCGGCUACUUCAACUCUACGCUCAAUCCCAUGAUCUACGCGUACUUCAACACCGAGUUUCGCGAGGCCUUCAGGCAGACGCUGUCGCUGCUGUGCUCGGAGGGCAUCCUGUUCUGA